CUGCCGCAGAACCAAAAUCACCUAAAACCCAAAGGGGACGUGCGAGAGAGAGAGAGGAGAGGGGUUGCAGAGAAGAGAAAAAUAAGAGAGAGAAAAGCAAGGGUGAGGAAAAUCCAAAUUUCAGGAGGAAAAGGAUGUCGGAGGUAAUGGAAAUGGGGAAGGAGAACGCGAACAUCCGGGACAACCACCGGAGGCAGCUGGCGGCGAAGUUCGAGCUUCAACGGAAGCUCUACAAGGCUCUGGCCAACGACACCACUCUCCCAAACGACGUCCGCGAGGCCAACCGCAUCAAGCUCUCGAAGCUCCCCCGCAACAGCUCCUUCACCCGCAUCCGCAACCGCUGCGUCUUCACCGGCCGCCCCCGCGGCAUCGUCACCCUCUUCCGCAUGUCUCGCAUCGUCUUCCGCGAGCUCGCCUCCAAGAAGCUUCUCGACGGCGUCCAGAAGGCCUCUUGGUAGAUUCGAUUACAAUAAUGAAUUUCGAUCCGAUCGUCCCCGGUAAUGGAGAAAUUGAUUGGAAAAUUGUGCGGUUUUGCGUAGUCUAGGGCGUUUUGUUUUACCAAAAUCCCUUUCUGUUUAGAGUUUUGCUGUCAUGGAAUAGAACAUCUUUUUGUAAUGCUUCAUAUUUCUUCUUCUUAUUCGAAAUAUUUCUGAAACGCACCAGUUUUAUUAUCUAAAAUAAAAUUCAUUAGGAUAAUUUCUGAAA